UGCUGAGUGUGGAGAUGACGGCACUCAAGGAAGAGCGAGAUCGCCUCCGAGUGACAUCCGAGGAGAAGGAAGCCAAGGAGCAGCUUCUCAAAGCCAUCAGGGACCGAGACGAGGCCAUUGCAAAGAAGAACGCAGUGGAGAUGGAAUUGGCCAAGUGUAAGAUGGACAUGAUGUCCCUAAACAAUCAGCUCCUGGAUGCCAUUCAGCAGAAACUGAACCUCUCGCAACAGCUUGAGGCCUGGCAGGAUGACAUGCACAGGGUCAUCGACCAGCAGCUGAUGGACCAACACCAGAAGGAACUGGGCCGGCCCGCUUCGGCCUUCUCCGGCGGCCACGGCCCGGCCCGGGGGGACGAGCCCGGCGGGGCUGAAGGCAAAGGGCUCUUUUCAUUCUUCAGGAAAAUUUAAACCGGGAGAAAGUACGGGGAGGCGCGCGUGGAGCCUGAGGGAGGGGGCGAGCCUCGCUGUCUGCCCCCUGGCCCACCCCGCAGAGGGCCAGACUCGGUGUCCCCUCUGUGGGGAUGCCCAGGGCCCCCCCACCCAAAGAGAGAGAAGAAAAGGCGGCCGUCCCGUCCCCCACCCCCCAGGCCUGCCCUCUCGAGCUCGCUCCCCCCAGGCUCCUGCGGCAGAAGGGAGGGGGCCCCCGUGAUCCUCGGGCAGGGAGUGAGCUGCCCGCCGCGCUUUGGGCCGCUCCCCCAUUUCUGCCCAGAGCAGAUCUCCGGGGGACCUGCGGCUCCCCUCCGACACGACCCCCCACCCUACGUCGGGAACCCUGGCGGGGGGAGGGUCCUUUGCUGCAUGCCCCUCCCGGCUCCCCUCUCACCCGAGGCCCCGCCCCCAGCCCCAGCGGCCGCCUCGGGCCCUUUGUCGCGAGGCUGCAGGGAGAGCAGGUGUCCCGGGCGGGCGUCUCUGGUGUGGCCGGAAGGCCCGCCAGGGCUCGGACCCAAGCCCCGGCCCCCCAAAGAGAAGGGCGGGCGGGCUCCACACGAGGCCCCCCAGGCUUCUAUCUCCGCCAGUCCCAGGCCUGCACACACACACGCUCGCGUUCUGGUUCCAGAGCUGGGCCCGGACUCGGCGAGGACCCCGACCUUCUCUCUCCCAGUAACCCGGGCCGCGGAAGAGAGGAUCCGGUGGAGGGCCGGAAAGCCUCCCAGCGCCUCCCUGGCCCCGUUCCUGGGGGUGUCGGGCCUCCCCACCCCCACCCCGUCCUCUGCACACGCCGGGGCCCGGGGGCAGGCGAGUCCUUCCGGCUCUCGUUCCUGCCCCAGCCCCCAGGCAAGCUCCCCUGGACAGGUGGGAGGCCUUGGGCUAGAGACCGCCACUGUGCCCGGCGGGCUGCCCUCUUGGGGGGCCCCCUGUAGGGAGUCCGGCCCUCGGCAGCCCUCCCUGCCCCGGCCCAGGGUCUGCCGGCUGCUGCAGGAUUGGGUCUCCCGGGAGCUUCCACGGGGGCCGCAGGGCAGGGCCCGGCGGGCGUAUCUCUAGAUCUGUACAUAGCGCGGGGCUGGAUCUUUUGUAUGUAGCAAUCGUGUAAAUACAUGUACGGAUUUUAUAAUAUACAUAUUCUAUAUAUAAAGCUAUAAAGGCAUAUUUUUAGAAAAAAUGAUACACCGCUUUUGUAAAUAGUCCAAAUGAGAAUAAAAGG